AUGCCAGUUAAAGAAAUUAAGGGAUUCCAGGUGCUCCCGCUUAGACUACCGGAUAGUACAGGCACGCUGUAUCUUUAUUUUAGAAAGCACGAGAUUAAAGGGAACCAGGCAGCACAGCAGCUCUCUGGCCGUUCAUUGUUCGCCUUUAACUUACCCAUCCAGACGAACCAUCUGGUAAUCAAAAAGUACUUCCAGCAAGUGGCUAUUGGUGCUACUGUCGAGUCAUUUAUUCCUAGCAUUCUUACAGACCUUCAAGAGGAUUUUUACGUCGAUCUUACCAAACUAACGUCAGACCUUCAAUUUGAGAACGAUAAUGUUACCAAAGAGAUCGCCGAAAAGCUUCCGAAAAACUGUGCCAUCAUCACAUUUAUCGACAAAUCAUCCUUCCAACUAGCAUUCAACGCAUUGAAAAAGUUGUCUAAUGACGCUAAGGUCACCAACUGGCCUGUUCCAUCGCUUGGCUCUGCGUUCUUCCAAGAGAAAUACCAAAACCAGAUCUUAGACCCAGCACAAUUGUCAGUAUCAGUUGCUACAGCAUUGGCAGACUUUAACAGAGCUGAACAGGAGCUGAUGGAGGACUUGAAGAGAAGCACAGAGGUUGUAGAUGAGGAUGGAUUCACUUUGGUUGUUGGAUCCCAUAGAAAGACAAAGGCCGGUAUCUUGGGCAAGCAGAAACUUGCAGGUACUGUUGGGCUAGAAAAGGCAAACAAGAAGCUUAAGAAGAAGGAGAAGGAGGACUUCUACAGAUUCCAAUUGAGAGAAAAGAAGAAGAACGAGAUGAACGAUUUGCUCCAGAAGUUCAAGCAAGACCAGGAGAGAAUCAAGACCAUGAAGGAGAAGAAGAGAUUUAGACCAUAUUAA